GUAAUCAACAUGACAAGGGUCAAAUCAAUCUCAUAACAAAUUUCUCUGACCAUGCUAAUUUUAUUUUUUUUGAUUAUGCAUCAGGCAGGACAAGACAACUGUACAAGUUGCAGAACUAGUUUGCACACUCUUUUGGCAAACACUGACGUCACCUACAGGUCGCUGGCUGCUAUUACAACAGCUACUCACUGAAGAUUUUUGAGUUCAUCCAAGCGACUGCGGCGUUCCAGCCAAGUGACUAAACUCCCUUUUUUGCACAAACAAGAGGCCCACUAAAGCUCCAAGGUGUUUCCCAAUCUGUCCCCCCCCAUAGGAGGGAGAGGAGGGCGCCGAGGUAUGAUGAUCGACCUGAGCUUCCUGACGGAGGAGGAGCGUGUGGUCAUCAUGACCGUGCUGAGGAGGGACGCCCAACUCAAGCAGGCCGACGAGCAGAGAAUCAAGAAGCUGGAGAGCAUCGUGAGCCAAGGUCCAUCGUCAGACUCCAAAUUGAAGUACCUGACGGGCCAGUGGUUCUACGACGCCAAGUCUCGCAGGCACAUGGACAAGAUCCAUGGCUCUGAAAUCAUCUUGGCCUCCAUGAAGCAAAGGAGUGCUUCAGAAGGCUGUUAUAGACCGGAAAGGCCGCGAGCAUUCAAGAGUCCAAGUUCUGACGUGGCGGUACCACAGAAACCUGCCAGAUGUUUGGACAUGCCACAGGAAUUCAAUAAUCUUAAGAAAGAAGAUCUGGUGUCAGCAGUCCAUUCUCCAAGAAUGACAAGACGGAACCCUUUUAAUCGAGCUUCCCUCCUUGUUGACGAACCAGCUGAGCUCACUAAAACAGAGCCCACCUCCCUCCCGAAGCAUCAGCAAGCAAGGGGGAGCAGUCAGACAUCGGGGAACUCCGCGACAUCCGAGGGCUCCUCUAAGCCCAUCCCCAAAAAGCGGACAUUCGUAACAAAGGCACCCCUGGACCUUCAGGUCGCUCCUGCCCCAAGACCAAACCUCUAUCAGAACUCCAGUGGAAGCUCCAACCGAUCCACGGGUGAAGCCGUGGUAUCGGCCCACCCGUCUGCCUCUGCGAUAAUUCCUCAGCAGGGUUCUCAGGUUUUAUCUCAUUCCAGUCUGGUGGAAAAUGAAACGCUAUCUUUUAUUACAGCUCACAGACACACAGAACAGAUGAUCAAAGAUAAUUUCACACGAGGACGGCAUCAGACCGUAGAAAGAAUCCGGGACCAUGAUCCAGUCGUUGGCGGCAGUGAGAUAUCAUCCGUGGAGGAGCCAGAGUGGCAAAAAAUCGCAGAAGCUCCCAUAUCCUAUGACAUCAACUUUAUUGAGUCCUCGGAGCAGAAGACACAGAGGAGCUCCCAACAGAAACGUUCGUUCAAGUUGACCAACCCGGCGGCCUCCAGUCCCACCGGCGACAACGACGAGGAUUCCAUCUCGAAAGUGCUCGAUUGGUUCAACCGUAGAACCGAUAGCAGCAAUUUGGUGAACGGCAAAGAGGUCUCGAGGGAGCCGGACGGACACCGUGAGGCGGCAGCGAUGGGAAGCGAGGAGGUCUUCAAGAAAGCUAUUCAGGAAAAGGAAAUAUGGACGAGUCAGCCAGAAGGAGCAGCCGAGGAGACCAUGAACGAUAUGACAAAUGAUGACAUCACCGGGAUAAAAUUGUUUGAGGAAAGCACGACGCCUGUGAUACCUGGAGACAAAACCCAGACGGGAGAAGGAAACGAGACGAGGCCAAACAUACCCUCUGUCAUAAAUGUAGUCAACGCAAGUCAGCAUGUUGGAUUGAAACAGGACCAAGACUUAGACCGUUCGAAUUUCAGGAACUACGCAUACCCUGAAAUUUUAAGCGCUAAUCCCCAAGUAGCUGACAGGAAAGGUUCUGACGUUGAGCUUUUAUGUGUUGAACCACUAGUGCCAGAAAAACCUCUGCGGUCCAGUCCAGAUGUAAAAAAUCAAGCAGAAACCCUUCAACAGCGGUCCAGUCCAGAUGUAAAAGGGGUCUCUUUAAAUCAAGCAGAACCCCUUCAACAGUUCACAGAGAGCCCGAGUCCAGAGUCAGAGCAUACGUCUCAGUUAACAGACCUCGAGAACAUCUGCAAAACACCGGAGAAUUCCAGCAAAGACUGCGAGCAGUCACCCGAAGCAAAAGACACAGCGAGUCCUCAAAGACAAAAAAGCACAGCAGAGAAGAUCAAGCAGCUCAAAACGUUCUGGGAGCAGGAGGCAGGCAAACCAACGCUUAAUGGCGCUAAACGCAAAAGCGUGCGGGGUGCAAAGAUGACCAAGAGAUUCACCAAAUCGGAAUUUGACUUACGGACCAUUGGCGACCACUCAGGCAGCGACGGCGAAGGCUCCAAUCGAGACAAUCGGCCUCUAAAUCAGACAAUCGAUCAAAUGUCGCCCUCCCUCGGUGGGAGCCGAGCCCAGUUUAGCAGCCUGCUGGAGUUCUGGGACGAAACCACCGCAGACCCCAAAACCAAAAGCCCCAAAAGGCAAAUCAACACUCCACAACCGCCCGAAGAGUUAGGUUCUUCCCAGCCCGAGCCUCGCUCCUUUGAAACAUCUCACGUCUCAGCCAACGACCCAAAAAAGAACCUGCCGGAGUCUGCACAACCCAAAGAACCCCAAAAGAUCUUGAAAGACUCAAGCAGGGUCAACAAAACUGCAAGACCACCACCAACUCCACCUAGGGAGGUUCGUUCUCCCAAAAGAAGAAAGGACAGCUUCAGCCAUUCCAGCGGUCGCGGGAGGUCUCUGCGUCGAGCCACCAGUAUGUUCGCUCUAGUCGACCCGCAAGAACCGACGCUUAAGAUCCACGUCAGCCCCGUCCAAUCCCAAAGCAGGAAGCCGAGCGGCGAUAGCGCUCAGAGCGUCAAGGGAACCGAGACCCCCCUGGCCAGGGCUUUCGUACCCCGAGACUACAGCCACUACUUGGGGAUGGCCAACGAGCCGGGUACCCUGCCUCCCGAGGCGGAGAUUUCCGAGAGUUUCGGCGGACCUGUGAGGACCAGCACUCCCACGGGUUCCAAGAAGAACUUUAAGCCCAGCCCACCCCAGGCGAGGAUCAAUUACAGCAGCCCAGAUGCUGAUCCCGAGUCUCCUCUAAGCAACACGUCCGAAUCCUUGUCCAACUCCAGGAAUAUUUUCAAAUGCAAGGAGGAUGAGGAGAAUCCUGUGAGGAAAGCGCUGCAGCGAGCAGAAGCUAGACCUAAAGGUCUCGCUAAAAGUAUGGAGGACCUGGUUGGGUCUUUGUCACCAACACAAGAGAGACGGCAAGAGCCGAAACCAAACACGAGGCGAACCACUGACGACGCCACGACGCUCCCUUCCCCACGCCCGUUCUCGGAGCAAGAGCGCCUGAAGAAGAUGAGCAAGUCGGUCCCCUCGUUCUUGCAGACGGAGGAUGACAGCCAGUUUUACGAGGACGUUCUCCACCCGGGAAUACACACGACGGACUCGUCCUUUGACUUGGCCUCUGUGUCGUCUUUUAAUGGGAGCGUGAUGACCAUGGACUUUGGCAACGUGGACGUGCAAGGCAGCAUCCACUUCUCCAUCAACUACGUGCAAAAGCUCCGAGAGUUCCACAUCUUCGUGGCUCAGUGUCAAGACUUGGCGGCCGCUGACCUCAAGAGAGGUCGCUCGGACCCCUACGUCAAAAGUUACCUCGUUCCUGACAAAUUGCAUCUGGGGAAAAAGAAAACAUCCGUGAAGAAAAAGACGCUUAACCCGACUUUUAAUGAGAUCCUCAGGUAUCACAUUGGCAUCGAGUCUCUCAAGACACAGAUCCUGGUUCUCUCCGUGUGGCAUCACGACACGUUUGGCCGUAACACCUUCUUGGGUGAGGUGGACGUGGACCUCUCCAAGUGGGACUUUGACCACACCCGCAUGAACGACUUGCCUCUCAAAGCCAAGACAAGAACAACUCUGGCAUCUUUAAGCGGCAGAGGAGAGAUGAGAUUGGCUGUACGCUUCCUGCCUAAGGUCAUCUACGGUGAAGCUAAGCAUGUUCCCAGAACAGGAGAGAUUCACAUCUGGGUGAAAGAAUGCAGGAACCUGCCUUUAAUCAGAGCCACCAUUGACCCUUACGUCAAAUGCUUCGUGCUCCCCGACACGAGCCGCAAGAGUCGUCAGAAGACGCGCGUGCUGAGGAGGACGGCCAAUCCCCUGUUCAACCACACCAUGGUGUACGACGGCAUCAGGGCCAUUGACCUGACCGAGGCCUGCGUGGAGCUCACCGUCUGGGACAGGGACAAGCUGGCCAGCAACCUGCUGGGCGGAAUCAGACUCGGAACCGGCACGGGAAGGAGUUACGGGUCGGCCGUGGACUGGAUGGACUCCACGCCCGGCGAGGUGGCGCUGUGGGAGCGCAUGUUGGCGUCGCCCAACGAAUGGGCGGAGGGAGUGCUGCCCCUUCGCGUGCUGAGCUCUGCCAAAACGGCCUUCAAAUAACUACAAGUACAUCCCUCCUGUCAUGGCGCUUUCACAUUUGCAAAAACUAUAAGCCCAAGGUCAUGAUGUCUUCUUGAUCCAUACAAGGCGAAGAAUUCUUUUCUAUUCACUUUUUCAACGGGCCGAAGAUGAACAAAAGAGAGCAAAAACCACACAACUUUUCAUUUUAGAUGUGUUAAAUGCAUUCAAACCAACAAAGGGCCCAUUAGUACAUUUGAUGAAGUUUGAAAUCAUUGACUGAAUAUGUCAUUGUGGCCUUUUUACAACUGCAACUGUUUGCAACACUUUGCUCUGUGUGGAUGUCUUCAAAAUAUGUUUUGACAAUUAACAAAUACUCCAGAAUAGGGGUGUAACGAUUCAUCGAUACACGUCGAUAUAAUGCUCUACGAUUUAUUGGCAUCGAUGCUAAACGUAAACAGCGAUUUAUAUCGCCGCGUUUUAGACGCAACUUUUUUUUUAAAUUCAGUUCAUUGUUGCUUGCUUCCUCUUUCCGGGAGCAGUGCGGGGGCGUGUUGUGUUGUGAGCAGCGCAGACACGUGAAAGGGGAGUCGACAACUAGCACGCGGCUCCUGGGCUGGUGCUAUGGCUAGUGUCCAAAAAUACGAGGAAAUUGGCUCCCCUUUAGGCUUCAAGUCAUUCUUUGGAAGCACUUUGGAUUCCAAAGAAAAGAUGACUCAACGGCCAAGACUAUUGUAGUUUGUAAAUCCUGCCAUGCGGUGAUCAAAUAUUCGGGGAGCACAAAUCUUGCCGCACAUUUAAAGAAAAAACACGACAUCAAAGUUCAGUGUUAAAAUAAGCACUUUGUAUACUACAAUACUCUUGUAAUUUCCUAAAUAGAGUUUGCAGUACCUUGUUGAUUUUGCGUAUGAAUUGUUAUAAAUCAGGAUAUUGUUCUAUAUUUUUUAUUUAAAAAAAUAUAUAUAUCGAUCGUAGAGCACUAUAUCGUGAUAUAUCGUGAAUGAAUCGCAGCAGGCUUUAAGAUAUCGGCAAAUAUCGUAUCGUAGUUCUUUGUAUCGAUAUGAUAUCGUAUCGUGACAAAACCCGCGAUUUACACCCCUACUCCAGAAGCUUCCUUUAAAACACUAAAUCAAACUGAGAAGUGUAUAUGCAUCUAUAGUAAAGCUUGCGGUGUACUAUCAUCACUUCCGUAAGAUUCCAACAAUAUUUAUUCUUGAUUUUCACACUAAAUUCCAGAGACUAACAAAGCAGUUGUUCAGUUUGUCUAUGUUAAAUAAAGGUUACACUUAAAAAUAA